CAUAAAUCGGACAAUCGCGAUACUCCAUCAUGCCAUUAGAGCUACCUGACCAGAGCAUCUCCGCUUAUGGAGCUGCUCGCUCCACUAUCCAGGGCCAGCCCCUCGAUCCCGAGGAGGUCCGAAAGAUGGACUCCUACUUCCGCGCUAGUAUGUAUCUGUGUCUGGGCAUGCUCUAUCUGCGCGAUAAUGUCCUCUUGAAACGGCCAUUGAAGGUGGAGGAUCUCAAGGCACGCUUGCUCGGUCACUGGGGAUCGGAUGCGGGCCAAUCCUUUACAUGGAUCCACAUGAAUCGACUAAUCAAGAAGUAUAAUCUGGACGUGCUCUUCAUCUCAGGCCCCGGUCACGGUGCCCCGGGAAUUCUUUCCCAGUCAUACCUCGAGGGCGUCUACUCGGAAGUUUACCCAGACAAGUCUCAGGAUGAGCGAGGAAUGCAAAGGUUCUUCAAACAAUUCUCCUUUCCUGGAGGAGUCGGCAGCCACGCCACCCCAGAGACACCUGGUAGUCUCCACGAAGGCGGCGAGUUGGGAUACUCCAUCUCACAUGCCUUUGGGUCUGUCUUUGAUCAUCCCAAUCUCAUCACUUUGACCAUGGUCGGCGACGGCGAGGCCGAGACCGGCCCUCUUGCAACCAGCUGGCACAGCACCAAGUACCUUAACCCCUGUACUGAUGGGGCUGUUCUACCCGUGCUCCAUCUCAAUGGCUACAAGAUUAACAACCCCACCCUCCUCGCACGCAUAAGUCAUGAUGAACUCUCAUCCCUAAUGUGCGGCUACGGGUGGACCCCCUAUUUCGUUGAAGGCAGCGAUCGCGAGACCAUGCACCAAGCCAUGGCCGCCACGCUCGAGCACUGUAUCCUCGAAAUCAGAAACAUCCAAGCCCAAGCCCGCCAGUCGAAGAAGCCCUUCCGCCCCCGCUGGCCCAUGAUCAUCCUCCGUAGCCCCAAGGGCUGGACCGCCCCUCGCGAAGUCGACGGCAAGCUCCUCGAAGGGUUCUGGCGCGCGCACCAAAUCCCCAUCACCGACGUGCUGACCAACCCGGCACACCUCCAACUCCUCGAAUCCUGGAUGAAGAGCUACAAGCCCAACGAGCUCUUCACCCCAGAUGGUCGUCUCAUUCCUGAACUCCAAACCCUCGCCCCAGCCGGCAAUUCCCGUAUGAGCGCCAACCCUGUCGGCAAUGGCGGACUCCUCCGGCGCCCACUGGACCUCCCAGACUUCCGCGCCUAUGCCCUCGCCUCGAUCGACCCCGGUGUCACCAUUCGUGGCAGCAUGGUCAACAUGUCACACUACCUCCGCGACGUAGUUGUCUCCAACCCAACCAACUUCCGGGUGUUUGGGCCCGACGAAACUGAAUCUAAUAAACUUUCCGAGAUUUACAAAGCGGGCAAAAAGGUCUGGCUAGCCGACUACUUCCCCGAAGACUCCACGAACGGCGGGAACCUCUCCCCCUCCGGCCGAGUCAUGGAAAUCCUUAGCGAACACACCUGUGAAGGCUGGCUGGAAGGCUACGUCCUCUCAGGCCGCCACGGCCUGCUAAAUAGCUACGAACCCUUCAUUCACAUCAUCGACUCAAUGGUCAACCAACAUUGCAAAUGGCUCGAGAAAUGCCUCGAAGUUGAAUGGCGCACCAGAGUAGCCUCCCUCAACAUCCUCCUUACCGCAACCGUCUGGCGUCAAGACCACAAUGGCUUCACCCACCAAGACCCAGGCUUCCUCGACGUCGUCGCGAAUAAAUCUCCCGAAGUCGUCCGCAUCUACCUCCCACCCGACGGGAACUGCCUACUCUCCGUAAUGGACCACUGCCUCCACAGUAGCAACUACGUCAACGUCAUCGUUGCCGACAAACAAGAUCACCUCCAAUACAUGGACAUGCCCACCGCCAUCGCACACUGCACCAAGGGUCUCGGGAUCUGGGACUGGGCCAGCAACGACCAAGGCCACGAACCCGAUAUCGUAAUGGCCGCGUGCGGAGACGUUCCCACCCACGAAGCCCUAGCAGCCACCUCUCUCCUUCGACAUCAUCUCCCCAGUCUAAAGAUCCGCUUCGUCAACGUCGUCGACCUCUUUAAGCUCAUCUCCCCAUCCCAUCACCCCCAUGGCAUCUCCGACCAACAAUGGAAAGCCAUCUUCACUGCGAAUCGGCCCAUAAUCUUCAACUUCCAUUCAUACCCCUGGCUGAUCCACCGCAUGACGUAUAAACGACCCGGUCAGGGGAAUCUGCAUGUGAGGGGGUAUCGCGAGAAAGGGAAUAUCGAUACGCCGUUCGAGUUGGCAGUCAGGAAUGGAACCGACCGGUAUAGCUUGGCUGUCGAUGCCAUUGAUUACGUGGAAAGGUUAUGGAAUACAGCCGCGGGGGUGAGAGAAAGGUUAGUGAAUAUGAGGUUGUUGGCUGUUCAGAAGGCGUAUGAUGAUGGGGUUGAUCCGGAGUAUAUUCGGGAUUGGACGUGGGGGUAUACCCCUAAGAAGGGGGAGAGAGUUCAGGAUGAGUUGGGGAUGUUGGGUGAAGAAGACCUGGUCAAACGAUCGUGUCUAUGAGACGGAUGUAUGGUUGUAAUGUUAUUAAUGAGUGAAAAGUCAAACGUGACUGCUACCUACUAAACACUACUAUUCCCAUCACGAUUCCAUCCCUACCAU